AUGUCCGAUCACCUGGCCCUGACCUGGGCAGCACUCCUCGGCCGCGCCGGCAGAGCCCACGGCGAGGCGCUGCUCUCGGCUUUGGAGACGGAGAGCAACGUCGUGGUCUGCAGUGCCGCGCUCGAGCUCUGCCAGCGGCUGGGCGACUCCGGGAGGGCUCUGGAGAUCUUUUCUCAGAUGCAGGAGAAGCUCGUGCGCCCGGACGCCGUGACCUAUGCCGCCGUAAUUGACUGCUGCCUGGAGCAGGCUCAAUUUCUGGAGGUGCAGGAGAUGCUCGCCGAUCUCCAGAGCUGCGUCCUGUGA